CCACAGCUACUCAUUCAGCUACCAUCACAGCGAUAUUAACGACGGUCCAUAGGAUACAAAAUAAGCUUUGGCUUUUACCGCAGACAGGUAAUCUCCAUCAUGGCAGCGGACGGACCUCCAGUCCGUGUCUUGCCCACCAUCGACGCCGCUGCGGGGCAUACCUUCAUCAAGCCCGCCAAACGCAUUCACGAGCAUGGCGAUGUCUCCGAAUUCCUGUGCUCUAAAGCUUAUGUGGACAUCAUGACGUUUUUGCUACAGCUCAACCGUGCGAUGUUUCCAGCAAAGCUGUCUGAUGGGUCUAUCCAGACCUGGCCCUUGAACUCCGACGCUGUGGAGUACUCCGCGCCAGUUCGUCAGCUUCAGCAGCUGCUCUCCAAGCUAGAGGCGAUUCUCGAGGAAGCACCUCCUGACAAAGGGCCGCGUAGAUUUGGAAACAUCAGUUUCCGGAGGUGGUACGAGCUUGUAGAAAGUCGCGUGACGGAGCUCCUGGAGGAGUGUCUUUCAGCGGAGAUUCUCCAGCGGAAGUCCUCUAACCCUGACGGACCGACGGCGGAGGCAGAACUCAAGGCAUAUUUCCUGGGGAGCUGGGGAAGCCCGCAACGCCUAGACUAUGGCACAGGCCAUGAGUUAAGCUUUCUGGCGUUCCUAGCUGGGAUCUGGAAGCUCCAUGGGUUUCCUCAGAGCACUUCGGGGGUGGAAGAAAGAGCUAUUGUUCUAGGGGUGAUUCAACCGUACCUUGAGCUAGUACGGACCAUCAUCAAAACGUACACAUUGGAACCAGCUGGUUCCCAUGGCGUAUGGGGAUUAGAUGACCACUCAUUCAUCCCCUACAUCUUCGGCUCCGCACAGUUUGCGCCCGCUCUGUCAGAAACGGACCGGGUGCCGGAAGAGGGCUCUUUGCCUGAUGCGCCUGACCCAACUGGGGUUGCAAAAGCGACUGUUGUGGAGCGAGAACGAAGGGGGAACCUGUACUUCUCUGCCAUUGGGUUCAUCUAUGAUGUCAAGAAGGGACCUUUCUGGGAGCAUAGCCCAAUGCUCUACGACAUUUCCGGAAUCAAGACCGGGUGGGCGAAGAUCAACAAGGGAAUGAUCAAGAUGUACAACGCAGAAGUGCUGUCCAAGUUCCCCGUGGUGCAACACUUUCCGUUCGGCUCCCUGUUUAGCUGGGAUCGCGAUCCGAAUGCCGUACCGCCUCCUUCUACCGCCCACACGACAUAUGCACCCCAGUCUCGAUCAAGUGAGAUCCCUUCUGAAGUACCCGGACCGGGAACCAAAGCCCCGUGGGCAACGUUUCCACCCGGGCCCCCAUCAGGAAGCGGAACGGCCGCUCCCUGGGCUACAGCAAGAGGCCCAAUCAGUGGAGCAGGUCUGCCUGACACCUCCCGGUUACCGCCGGGUCCGAUGGCGCCUACAAGAGCCCCAUGGGCCAGGGCACCGCCAGGGCCGACAGCCGGUGAUAACAGUCCCAAAGGGGACGUGAUGACCAGGGCGCCUUGGGCUAAAUGAUGCUAUGUUUAGCAGCACUAUCUGUAUAUAUACCCUUGCAUGAUAUCAGUUGCAUCCAUCAUGAAUGAAUCAUAAAAG